AACAUUAAUUAGAAAAAGGAUGCUUUAAGUUUACGUUAAAUCAUUAGGCUUCGGAGUUUUUUUAUCAUAUUUUCUACUUUUCAGUACACUAAUGCUGCUUAAUGCAUUUUGCAUUAGAAACAAAGAUCAACCGGUUAUUUUUUGAUUUGAAAACUACAUGGAUUCAACUGGCCAGAUUUAGUAGCAGUGAUACUGUCAAAGAGCUGAAGAAUAGCGGUAAAAACGUCAUGAAGGUAUUAAAUGUUGCUGAAAAAAAUGACGCAGCUAAAAGUAUAGCUGGCUAUCUCUCACGCGGAUCUUCGCAUCGGCGAGAAGGAUUAUCGGUAUAUAAUAAGAUCUACGAAUUUGAUACUCAGCUAUGGGGCCAGCAGUGCAAAAUGAUAAUGACGUCGGUAUCUGGUCACCUGUUGAAUCACGAGUUUGUUGGAGGAUAUCGUAAUUGGCAGGGAUGUAAUCCACUAUCUUUAUUUGAAGCACCUGUGGUUAAGCAGUGCGAGGAGAAUUUUAUAAAGAUAAAAAAAACCUUGGAGAGGGAAGCUAAGGGUUGCCAGGCACUGAUUAUAUGGACAGAUUGUGAUCGAGAGGGUGAAAACAUAGGCUUUGAAGUUAUACAAGUUUGCCAAGCUGUGAAGCCCACGAUUAAGAUAUACCGAGCAAAAUUUUCGGAAAUAACAGCUCAAUCAGUGACUCGAGCACUUCAUAAUUUAGGGGAACCGAAUAAAGCCAUAAGCGACGCUGUCGAUGUCAGGAGUGAAUUGGACUUAAGAAUAGGAGCUGCAUUUACACGAUUUCAAACAAUGAGACUUCAGAAGGUUUUUCCACAAACACUAGCCGCAAUGCUGAUCAGCUAUGGCAGCUGUCAAUUUCCAACCCUUGGUUUUGUGGUCGAAAGGUUUCUCGCUAUUGAAAAUUUCAAGUCAGAGCCGUUUUGGAAAAUCCAAGUUACAGACGAACGUGAUGGAAUAUCGGUGGAAUUUAGAUGGGACAGAAAUCGUUUGUUUGAACGUCUCCCAUGCCAGAUAUUUCUAGACAUGUGUUUAGAGUCUCCUACUGCGACUGUAGAAAAAGUUACAUGCAAACCGAAAAGUAAAUGGAGACCUCUGCCAUUAGACACUGUCGAAUUAGCCAAAUUGGGUUCACGCAAGUUGAAACUGAACGCAAAGGAGACAAUGAAGAUAGCAGAGAAACUGUAUACUCAAGGUAUUAUCAGCUACCCUCGCACAGAAACUAACAUUUUUCCCAAGGAACUCAAUCUUGUGCCACUGGUCGAACAGCAAUCUGCAAGUCCACAGUGGGGACCGUUUGCGCAACAAAUACUGCAAAACGGACCUUCCCCACGUCAAGGGAAAAAAAAUGAUGGAGCUCACCCUCCAAUUCAUCCUACAAAGUACAUUGCUACAUUGGGAGGCAAUGAGGCGCGUGUGUACGAGUUUAUCGUUCGUCAUUUUUUGGCCUGUAUAUCAAAGGACGCCGAAGGUCAAGAGACCAUUGUUCAUAUUGAUAUUGCGCAGGAAAAAUUUGCAGCGAGUGGUCUUCGUAUAAUUGCCAAAAAUUACUUAGAAGUCUAUCCAUACGAAACGUGGAAUGCAAAAGAAAUUCAUGCAUACGAAGAGGGACAGAUAUUCAGACCCACUGGCAUUGAAAUGAUUAAUGGGGAAACUUCACCUCCAAACUUACUAACAGAAGCUGACCUGAUCGCUUUAAUGGAUAAGCACGGAAUCGGCACUGAUGCAACUCAUGCUGAACAUAUUGAGAAAAUAAAAUCGAGACUAUACGUAGGCCUGAAGGAUCAAAAGUAUUUCAUUCCCGGAAAACUCGGGAUCGGAUUAGUCAUGGGCUACGACAGUAUGGGCUUUCACAUGUCCAAACCACACCUUAGAGCAGGACUUGAAAAGGAUUUAAAGCUAAUAUGCGACGGUGUGAAACAGCCAGCAGUUGUUCUGCAAGACCAAAUAUCCAGGUAUAAAACAGUAUUCACAGCAACGUUACAGCAGGCUGGUUUAAUAGAUGAAGCACUUGCACACUAUCUUGACGAGCAACCAGUGCAGGUGCAGCAUGCUGAAAUAGCAAACCCGGAGCAAGAUAUAAUUGUAUACAAGUGUCCUAAAUGCGGCAGUAAUAUGUUAUUAAAGGAUCGAAGGAACUCUCCUGGAAAAUAUAUUGGCUGCAUAGCGUUUCCGACAUGUAAUAAUUCGAUAUGGUUUCCACCCACUGUUGAGAAUAUAGAAGUUUUGAAUAACAAGUGUAACAGGUGUCCAGGCAAUAUGCCAUUACUCAAGUUUACUUUACGUCAAGGGACUCUGCCGCAUCUUGGAACCUCUUACACCUCUUGUAUAGGAGGAUGUGACGCAAUGCUCAAUGAGACUUUUGAUAUUCGAAAGCAUAGUGUACAAAAUGUGCCACAGACUGGUAACGGCGGAGCACCUGAAACAAACACAAACCAAAAUCCUAGAGCAAAUCAAAGACUGCAAAACACACAAAGGCAACCUAAUAGCCGGAUAAAUAAUUCUAGAGCAAAUGACACAAGCCAUAGUGAUUCUGGCGUGUCUACUUGGAACUCUGCUCCUUCGACGACUUCUGCACGUCAUAAUGAGUUUUCUAAUCGUGCUAGUAAUCAGAAUCAACAGAAUAUGGAGACUGAUGACACGAUUCUUUGUAACUGUCACGAAAGAGCAAUAGAGCUUACUGUACGUAAAGAGGGACCAAAUCAAGGAAGACAAUUCUACAAAUGUGCCAAACCGCAAGAGAAUAGCUGUGAUUUCUUUCUCUGGGCUGCAGAAAACGCUCCACCCAAUAAUAAUGCAAACAGGAAUCGCGUACAACCAUCUCGGAAUACCAGUAGCAGCUAUAGUAAUCAAACACAGCAGAGACAAGCUAAUAUGAGGUUUGACAGAGAUGCUGGAGGAUCAUCGUCGUCUCAAGGCAUUACCUGCACGUGUGGGCAACCGGCAAGAAAACUUACUGUACACAAAGAAGGCCCUAACAAAGGAAGAGAAUUUUAUGGAUGCCCUCAAGGAAUAGGCAGUACAUGUAAAUUUUUUAAAUGGGCUGAUGAAAAUGACAACGAAGGCGCAAGCGAUAACAGACAGAGAACACACACAGGGGGCUUUCGGGGCGGUAGAAAUACACAAAAUUCAAAUGUUCCUGGAGCAAGAAAUCCAAGUAAAAGGAAGUGCGGUAUUUGCGGAGAAGAAGGUCAUACCAGACGUACCUGCUCACGAAAUGAUGCGGGUUAGGACAAUUUAUUGAACCAGUUUAAUAAUAUGAAAAAUCUUCAAGACUUUGAUAAGUUAAAUUGUAAAAAUGUGAUAUUAUGUGUAAUUACCUAAGUACUUUUCGAGUGUGACAGCUUAUCUUUACGAGCAUCGAGUUCUUUACCAUGUAGAUUAGACUCUGCUGUCACUUGCGUCAGCU